GAGAAAAGGAGCUACCUAGAGGAGGAGGAGGAGAGAGAGAGCAAGAGCAAGAGCCAGGGCUCGGGUUAGAGACUGAGAGCCUGACAGGAAGGCUUUGCAGCAGCAGACAUCUGCUUUCUUCAGCGUUCACUGAUAAAGAAGUGAGAACACCGACGUCCUUGGUGCCUCAUGGAUUUGAACCUGCUCGGAUCUCUCCUGUGUAUCUGGCUGAGCAGCUCCACAGUGUUCGGCGGCUAUCCCAUCUGGUGGUCUCUAGCCCUAGGGCAGCAGUAUUCUUCCCUAGGCACUCAGCCCAUUCUCUGUGGAUCCAUUCCAGGCCUGGUACCAAAGCAGCUACGAUUCUGCCGAAACUACAUUGAAAUCAUGCCCAGUGUGGCAGAGGGCAUUAAACUGGGAAUCCAAGAGUGCCAGCACCAGUUCCGGGGUCGCCGAUGGAACUGUACCACAGUGGAGGACAACUUGGCCAUCUUCGGCCCAGUGCUUGACAAAGCGACACGGGAGUCGGCCUUCGUCCACGCCAUCGCUUCUGCCGGAGUGGCCUUUGCCGUGACUCGGUCCUGUGCCGAGGGGACGUCCACCAUGUGCGGAUGCGACUCCCACCACAAGGGCCCCCCGGGUGAGGGCUGGAAGUGGGGAGGCUGCAGCGAGGAUGCAGAAUUUGGGGUCCUCGUGUCCCGCGAGUUUGCCGAUGCCAGAGAAAACCGUCCAGAUGCCCGCUCAGCCAUGAACCGUCACAACAAUGAAGCUGGCCGAACGACCAUCCUGGACCACAUGCACCUCAAGUGCAAAUGCCACGGCCUGUCGGGCAGCUGCGAGGUGAAGACCUGCUGGUGGGCUCAGCCCGACUUCCGCAUCCUGGGGGAUUUCCUCAAAGACAAGUACGACAGCGCCUCCGAGAUGGUGGUGGAGAAGCACCGGGAGUCGCGCGGCUGGGUGGAGACCCUGCGGGCCAAGUACGCCUUCUUCAAGCACCCCACCGAGCGGGACCUGGUCUACUACGAGAGCUCGCCCAACUUCUGCGAGCCCAACCCCGAGACGGGCUCCUUCGGGACGCGGGACCGAGCGUGCAACGUCACCUCGCACGGCAUCGAGGGCUGCGACCUGCUGUGCUGCGGCCGAGGCCACAACACGCGGACUGAGAAGCGCAAGGAGAAGUGCCACUGCAUAUUCCACUGGUGCUGCUACGUCAGCUGCCAGGAGUGCGUGAGGGUCUACGACGUGCACACCUGCAAGUAGCGGCGCCCCGGGGGCCACCGAGACGUCACAAGUAGCACUUGCUGGGAAAAGCGUAGAGAUGCAGUGCCAGCUAGAAAUCAUCGCCCAGCUCACUUACUCACGACCACCUACUGUAUAACCAGACACGAUGCCCACUGACCCUUGCUAACUAGUGAAGGACGGGCCUGAGCCAGAGUGACCGUGACCCUCCUCCGUUAGCCCCCCACUCCCAGCAAAGUCUUCUCGGGGCCUUCGUUGGCAGUCCACCACCCUGCCCCACACGCCGUUCAGAUGGCGAGCGUGCACCCAUGGACUGGCUCAGGGGUGUCGUCUGGUGGGCACCAUCCUUCCUAUGAGCACAGCAGUCACGGGUGGGGGGGUCCAGGAGGACGGGCAGCGCGUGACACUCGACAACUGGAAAGAGCCGAACGUUCAGGCCGAUCCCGAGGAGCCCAGCAGCGUAGAACACAAGCUAAGCAGCCCGUCUGUCUGUCUGUCCGUCUGUCUCGCUAUAUCCAAAGUUUUGUACAGUUUUUAAUGAUUCCUUUUAAUUUUAUAAUCUGAAAUGGCUAUGUUUUAUAAAUAUUAUUAUUUAUUAUAUGAUGUAUAUACCUGUAUGAC